CUGUAAUUUGGACUCUUCUCUCUGAUCCAUGAAUGCCAACUGACUCAUAUUAAACAGCAGAGAAAUCGCUAACAAACCCAAUCCCCAUCAGAUUUCGAACUCUAAUCCAUCUAUAAAUACCAUAGCUUCUUCUUCUCCCAAAUACCAUAACUUCAUUGAGUUGGAAGAGUAGUUGGAUAGGCUUUUCUUGAAUUAUUUCUGUGAGAGAUUCUAAACUUUUCAGAGAAACAUGGAUCUUGAUCUUUCCCCAAAGUUGGCCAAGAAGGUGUACGGCGGAGAUGGUGGUUCUUAUCACGCCUGGUGCCCGGAGGAGCUCCCCAUGCUCCGCAGAGGGAACAUAGGCGCCGCCAAGCUUGCUCUCGAGCAGUAUGGCUUUGCUCUUCCUUCUUACUGUGAUUCCGCCAGGGUUGCCUAUGUUCUUCAAGGCAGUGGAGUUGCUGGAAUUGUCCUUCCAGAGAAAGAAGAGAAGGUUAUUGCCAUUAAGAAGGGCGAUGCGAUUGCUCUUCCUUUUGGCGUUGUUACGUGGUGGUACAAUAAAAUGGACACCGAGCUUGUAGUUCUCUUCCUGGGUGAUACAAAAACAGCUCACAAACCUGGUGAAUUCACCGACUUCUUCUUGACCGGCUCUAAUGGUAUUUUUACUGGCUUUUCAACUGAGUUUGUGAUUAGAGCGUGGAAUGUGGACGAAGGAGUGGCUAAGAAGCUUGUUGGGAGCCAAUCUGGUAAAGGCAUUGUCAAGCUCGAUGCGGGAGCCAAGAUGCCUGAGCCUAAUCCGGACCACAGGAAGGGCAUGGCAUUGAACUGCGAGGAAGCUCCCUUGGAUGUUGACAUCAAGAAUGGUGGGAAAGUCGUGCUCUUGAACACCAAGAACCUGCCCUUGGUUGGUGAGGUUGGGCUCGGUGCUGACCUCGUGAGGUUGAAUGGAAACGCCAUGUGCUCCCCGGGCAUGUCCUGUGACUCAGCGCUACAGGUGACCUACAUUGUGAGAGGUAGCGGGCGUGCUCAGGUUGUUGGUGUGGAUGGCAAGCGCGUCUUGGAAACGACAGUCAAAGCUGGAAACUUGUUCAUCGUGCCAAGGUUCUUUGCUGUCUCGAAGAUUUCAGACCCCGACGGCUUGGAGUGGUUCUCCAUCAUCACUACACCCAACCCCAUUUUCACUCACCUGGCGGGAAGAACCUCGGUGUGGAAGGCAUUAUCACCUCAAGUUCUCCAGGCGGCUUUCAGUGUUCCUCCAGAGGUAGAGAAAGAGUUCAGCUCCAAGAGGACUGCAGAGGAGAUCUUCUUCCCACCAAACUAGGAGGCCAGGCUUAUUAGAUUGGACAUUAUUAGCUCUUUCCUUUUGUUCUAGCUAUAUUAACAAUAAUCAUAGCGGUUCGGUUGAUUAGAUUGUAUCUGCUAUUUUGCUGGAUUUUGUUAGUGUUGAUUUAUAUUGACAUUAAUUAAACUGUUUCUCAUA